AUGAGACAACGUCUUCUCUCGUCGCGAUUGCUCGUUCAGAGCCUCAGAAGCAACGGCAACAAUGCUUCUCCCGGCUCUGUUCUGGCUUUCGCCACUGCAUCGCGAUGUUUGUUGACGUCAACAAGGCCUCACCAGCGGUCUUAUGUGCAUCAUGCGCGCCUUCGCCCUCUUGUGAGAUGCAACAUGCCUGAGCUUAAGCGCAAUGCCUGUGGAUGUGCUUGCGCGAGUGGAGGUGGCUGUGGGAGCAGCGGACCGCAAAAGAAGACGGCAUAUAUCGCUCUUGGAAGCAAUAUGGGAGACAGAGUUGCUGAGAUUGAGCGAGCAUGCAAUGAGAUGGACCGCCGAGGAAUCAGAGUCAAGAGGACCAGUAGCCUCUGGGAGACAGAGCCCAUGUAUGUUACCGACCAGGAUCGCUUUGUCAACGGCGCUUGUGAGGUCGAGACAGAGCUUGAGCCCAUAGCUCUUCUAGAUCAACUGCAAGCCAUUGAGGAUGACAUGGGGCGAAAGAAGGUCAUCGACAAGGGUCCGCGUAACAUUGAUUUGGACAUACUUCUGUACGGCGACGAAAAGGUUGACCAUGAGCGGCUCAAGGUUCCCCAUGUCGGCAUAUUGGAGCGAGAGUUUGUUCUCAGACCACUGGCCGAACUCAUUCCGGCAAAAUCAUUGGACCCGACGAAACCGUGGAAGCUCAUUCAGGAUAAUCUAAAUGAGCUGCCCCUUGGCGAGCCAUUGUCUUCCAUGACACCGCUUUCUUCGACGGCAGGUUCUUUGACGCCUCUUGCUGCAAAGCGCAAGACCCAUGUCAUGGGCAUUCUCAACUUGACGCCGGAUUCGUUUUCAGAUGGUGGCUUUCACGAUCGAGAUAACCUUGCCCAGACCAUUAUGAAUAUGGUCAAUAACGGAACUUCGAUUAUUGAUGUUGGCGGCCAGUCAACUGCUCCUGGUCGACCAGAAGUAUCAGCUGAGGAAGAGGCAUCUCGAGUUGUGCCUGCCGUCCAACUUAUUCGAUCGCUUCCUGAAGCUCGUGACGUGGCUAUUAGCGUUGACACGUAUCGUGCAUCCGUUGCUGAGGAAGCUAUUGCCAGUGGAGCAGAUAUAAUCAACGAUGUUUCGGCAGGUCUGCUGGACCCAGAUAUGCUUUCUACCGUCGGCCGUCUGGAGAAAACGAUAUGUCUGAUGCAUAUGCGCGGGACGCCGCAGACCAUGACAAAGUUGACCUCGUAUCCAGACGGACUGAUUCCCACAAUAGCAUCUGAGCUUCUCGAGCGCGUAGCAGCGGCCGAGGCAGCGGGUAUCCGGCGGUGGCGGAUGAUUCUGGACCCGGGUAUCGGCUUCGCCAAGACGGGAGAGCAGAACCUCGAGAUUCUUCGACGGCUGGAGGAGCUGCGAUACUGGCCGGGGCUUCAGGGUUUGCCGUGGCUUGUUGGCUCGAGCCGGAAGACAUUUGUCGGCAAGAUCACAGGAGUCACGGAGCCGAAGCAACGGACGUGGGGCACGGCGGCGACGGUGGCAGCGGCGGUUCAGGGCGGUGCGGACAUAGUGAGGGUACACGACACGCAGGAGAUGGGCAUGGUGGCCAAGAUGGCUGAUGCCAUCUGGAGGGUAUGA